AUGUGCGAUCUGGUGGCCCGCACGGGCCGGCACCUGCAGCGCUACGAGAACGGCCAUCGCCUUGUGGCCGAGUGCAUACCAUUCAGAUAUAGAGAUAUUAAUGAUGAAGCUUCUGAUGAUGAACAAAAGAAACUUGUUGAAGUUCUCAUGAUCAGCUCCCAAAGUGGACCAGGUCUUCUAUUUCCAAAGGGAGGCUGGGAGAAUGAUGAAACUGUUGAAGAGGCAGCUGCAAGGGAAGCUAUCGAAGAAGCUGGAGUUCGAGGAGAUUUAGUGAGCUCUUAUUUGCUUUCAUAUGUCCUGAUAUCACAUUUUACUGAUUGGGCUACUUGUUCUGUGCAUAAGCAACUGUUGGGCUUCUAUGAUUUUAAGAGCAAGCAACCCGAAGCUAUGUGCAGAGCUGCAAUCUUUGCCCUGCACGUGAAGGAAGAACUAGCCUCCUGGCCAGAACAGAACACCCGGCAGAGGAGCUGGCUCACUGUUCCUGAGGCGGCAGAGCAGAGUCGUUACCCAUGGAUGCAAGAAGCUCUUGUGACAGGCUUCUCUGCCUGGCUUGAGAACUGGAGAAAUGGUGGUGGCUGUGUGGAUCGAAUUGAAAGAUGA